ACUCCAGUAUAAACAAAGAAAGAAUUUACUUAAACAAAAUUGAGAUACGUUGAAGGUUCGGCAAGCCAAUGAGUAUCAACUUAAUACAAACCCUGAACACGAUCCUGCAGACCAUCGCAACACAAGUGGAGGUAUUCGCUGGCGUUGCCCUGAAAGCAGCCGUCAACGUUCGCAGGGAGCUGGAGAGUCUGACCGAGGACUGGCACUGGCAGAACAGCCUAAUCGAGUUUACCGACUUGCAGGCCACGUUGCUGAAGGUAUUGCUGGUGCUGUUGGCGGGAACGUGUAUUCUGAACGCCGGGUCCUGGUCAGUCUACGGCGAAGUCAUCACCGAGAAAUUUGUCAGGCCAAGUACGCUCAAGGAAAUCGAAGAGCUUAAAUUGUCUGUGGCCAAAUUGAAGUUGCCCAAGGAACACUCUCCCCGAAUAUAGACAUGUCGAAGAUCAAGAAGUUCUUUUCGAAGAAAAAGGAGGAGGUGGCGGCGUUUAAAGUUAAACUAAUGGGCAGCUCGAUGGGCGAAG